CAUUCAGGAGCAGAUCGGCUGCAUGACUCCAGCCGUUCAAUGGCUACAGGGCAGCGUGCCCACCUCAGACGCGCAAUAAAUGGGUUAACGUCACCAGCAGAACAGAUUUACAGACAGCAACCGAAGAGUUGUUUUUCACGGGAGUCAUAUAACUAAAAGAGGAUUUAGUUUAUAGAAUGCUUACCAAUUUGACUGGGUGCAUUCGGCAAGGACUUUAAAUGCAAUACAUCCUUGGGCGCGUGGCAGAGGACGUCUUUUAUGCACGAGACGAGCGCGAGACAGGGGAAUUUCUGAACGGAUCACUGAAAUGUUUGAACUUUAAAAACACGACGAUGGCUUUGGAGCGAUAGACCUGAUGGAUUUUCACAAAACUCUGCUUCGGUGGCAAUGGGGCUGUCACAUGCCAACAGGACCGGUAACUGGGUCAAUUGAAAAUGUCAUUAUUUUCUUGAUAUCAUCAGAUUUAAUGUUUUGUUAAGAUAUACUACAUAUGAGACCAAACACUUCUGUAACCCUGUACGUGCACGUUUCACAACACCUGCAUUUUCAGCACCCUGACACUUCGACAAUUACAGGACACAGUCUUUGAGGAGGGUGAAGAUGCCUUUUCACCAUGUGAGAGCAGGACUGCUCUACACAAACAACUUUCUGAGCACCUCUCUCUCUGAAACCAGUGAAGAGCAGCUCGCCAACAUCUCCACUGAAGAGCUUGGUGAGAUUAGAGAAGCUUUUCGUGUUCUAGACCGGGAUGGGAAUGGAUUCAUCUCUAAGCAGGAGCUGGGUAUGGCCAUGCGCUCUCUGGGGUACAUGCCCAGUGAGGUGGAGCUGGCUAUUAUCAUGCAGAGACUGGAUAUGGAUGGUGACGGACAGGUGGACUUUGAUGAAUUCAUGACAAUAUUGGGACCCAAACUCCUUUCUUCUGAAACCAGGGAGGGCUUCCUGGGCAGUACUAUAGACAGCAUAUUCUGGCAGUUUGACAUGCAACAGAUGUCCCUGGAGGAACUCAAACACGUCCUGUUCCAUGCCUUCAGAGACCAUCUCACCAUGAAGGACAUCGAGAACAUUAUUGUCACAGAGGAGGAGAGUUUAAAGGAGAACUCAGGAAACUGCCAGACUGAAUAUCAGGGAGUGCAUUCUAAAAAGAAGAACCGUCAGACGUGUGUCCGCAAGAGCCUCAUCUGCGCUUUUGCAAUGGCCUUCAUCAUCAGCGUCAUGUUAAUCGCUGCCAAUCAGAUGUUGCGAAAUGGCAUGGAGUAGCCCCUCGCACUGUGAAUCCUGGGUGAGCUGACCUCUGCGGGUACUGUACCCUCUUACCAAACAAACAUCUGACUAUAAAGCCCAAGAACACGUUCCCGUUUCUUUAUAGCACAGACGCUGUUUGUGAUUGACGGAAACCGCAUUGCAGGAUGUCCUCCAUUAUCAGUUUAAAAGAAACAUGCAAGGGCUCCUCUCUAGAUACCAUUUAAUGCAAUAACAUCCCGUGCCCCUCUGUGCUGUGAUUUUCUCAUUCGCCCUCUAUGAGAAGUGUCGACUUGUCUUUGUACUUUAUCUCAAUCCAAAGCGUGUCAGAUGGAAUGAUGAGGAGUACAGUGAUUGGCAGCCUGGCCAACAGAGCCACCACAGGAUGUCUGGCAUCGCGUCUGUGUGCAUGAGAGUGUGUCCAUAUUCAUCUUAAAGGGAUAGUUCACCCCAAAAAUGUACACACCCUUAUGUGAUUCCAAACCUGUAUGACUUUCUUUUUUUCUGUGGAACAGAAGAGAAAUUUUGAAUAAUGUUAAUAACCAAACAACUUUGGCCCUCAUUGAAUUACAUUGUAUGGACACAAAACCACAGAGGCAUUUCUCAAAAUAUCUUCUGUGUUCCACAGAAGAAAGUCAUACAGGUUUUGAAGGACAUGGCGGUAAAUAAAUGAUGACAGAAUUUUUGGGUGAACUGACUCUUAAGUAAACUGUCCAUUCCUUGCUGAGCAUUUCUCUGUAUUUGUGGAAUUGGUUAAAGGUUUAAUGUUUAAAUGUGAUUCUUAAAAUAAUUUAAGAUUAAGUCAUUUCUUAUAUCCCAGUUAAACAUGCAAAUGUACAAUGUAGUUUUUGUGGCAUUAUAAAAACCAGCCAAAUAACCAGCCUGACAAAGCAACGUUGGCUCAACCAAUGGCAUAAGUGUGGGCGGGAUUAUCUUUUGGCCCGACCAGUAGCAGCCAUGGUUUGGAAAACCUGUUUGAUUUUUUUGCAGUUCCAUUUGGUGCUACAAGUGGCACAGACAGUAAAAUAGAAGUAAACUAAACAAAUACAAGUAUUGCAAGGGAGCCUUCGGUAAUAAUACCACACUACUCAUGUUGUAUACAAUAAAUACACUACCUGUUGAAUAAAUUGUGCAAAUAGUGAAGUUAUGAAACAGCAAAGUAUGUUUGCUUUGUUUUUCUUCACAUGCUAUUUUUAAUAGUAUGAAAUUUACAGUAUAUACUGAACAGUAUUAAGUAUGCUAUUAUUCCUUUUCAAAUGUAUAGUCAAAAGAAUGCUAGAUACUCAUUGUUGGCCAUUAAAUUUGAAUCGCACAUGCAUUAUGGUUGUAUAUUAACACAUUUCACAAUCAGCAAAAUAAGUGGGAUUAAUUCAAUUCCAAGCAAUUCCAUUUUGUGGUACACCCUGUGCAUCAUGGGUAAACAGAAUUCUUUAAAAUGGAAGAUGUCUAUUUCUUUCAUUCCGUGCUGUUGUACUUCUCAGUUUCACCUGUAGUUGUUGUGUAGAAGAGAGUAUGAUACUCUUUUCCGGUUUUAAAUAUUUAUCAUGGUCUUGUCAAUGUCUACAUUUACUGUCUGGAUAAAAUAUAGGACAAUGAACUUCUGUGGAAGUGUCUACGCUACAUAGUUGCUACAUUUUGAGUUUUUAUUCACUCUCAGGCUCAGAGAGUUGGUGAAUGCAACAUACAUUGCUCUAAAUCCACUAAAAGCAAACUGGUAAUAUCUAAAAUAAGGACUUUCUUUUGACAGUUACAGUCUGAAGCCCUGUGUGUAAUAUGAAUAUUUGUCUACUUGUUGGUCUGUAUAUUUAUAAUAUCUGUGCUCAUCUAGUUCCCUCAUGUUUUCCUAUACAGUCAAUAUAUACAAAGGUUUGUCUUGUUCCCCAGUAUAGUGCAUGUGUAUUUAUGCAAAUAAUGUCGCACAAAGGAACUGUCCUUAGGAUGUCUGACUGUCACGUCUGCAUGUUCAGAACACUAUAGUCCAGUGCUGUUUAGGGUCCGUACUGCUUGCUGUCAUUAGCUGGGACCAUCAUUCUCAAUCUCUGAUCUCCUACUGUUUCUUUCCUGUGAGCAAAACAUACCAGCAUUUGUGCAAAAAAAACACAGGGAAUAAAUAAAAAUAAUGGGUUAUUGGAUAAAGUUCCUGUCAGUUUUCCAGAAUGAUGAAUGAGUAGUGUUGUGGUUUUUGUUUCAUCUUUGGAAUGGUAAACCUUUUAAAUCAAUGGCUCCAUCUAGUGGGAUCUUUUUAUGUAUAAAUUGUGGAUUUACAGUAGUAAAGAAGGACAUUAUCUUUAGCGUUGUGAAGUAUAAAAAUACAAUGUUUACCAUUGUGAAAUUACACUAUAAAAGGGUAAAUACCUAAAGUAAUUUAAAAAGGUUGGAAAUUGGGUUGUGCACACACAUUCAAAAUGCUUUGACAGACUGGCAUUAGAAAAAUCUAAUUUAAAGUACUACAUUCAUAAACACGCCAUGUGUUAUGUUUAACCUUAUUUAUUUAUUUACGUUAAAUGUAUUCUCUGUAAUAAGAGUUUGUUUAGUUAUUUAUUGUUUUUUGUUAUCACAAAAACUAAAGUUUUAAAAUGUUGUGCAGCAUUUGUAAUAGUCAGGUUAUUCUGUUUUAUUAAAAACUACAAAACUUUAAUAUUCAAAAUAUUGCAAAUUCAAAAUUUGCACUCUAACAGGCCUUUCAGAUGAGUUUAUGGGCAUUUUAUACCCAGAAAUAUGUCGUUUUUGCUAGUAUAUUUUCUAUUUUAUUAAUUGUAAUAUUUUUAUUUAAGCUUUUUUAUUGUUACUUUGGUGGGUUUUUUUUUUAUCUUGUAAAGGUUAACAGAACCUAUAAUUUAAAUUAAUCCAUAUCCUAACUACAUCUGAUUUGAAGCAUGCCAAAUAAAAUUUUCUAUGUAUUUUUAUGGAGUAUAUCAAAGGGAGGUUUCUUAAUAUGCAAAAUCGUAUACACACAUUGCAUGCAGGAUGUGUAUUGACAGAUUACAGCAAUAUGGUUUCUAAACAAAAAUGUAUAAUUACAUAUAAAGAAUAUGAAGAAAUAAAUUAUUUAUUGAAUCCGACAAUACUUUUAAAAUUGUGUUUUAAUUGGAUUGAUGAUGUUAAUGCUGCUUCUGCUGCUGUUUUUGCCACUUUGAUGUCGCAUUGCCAUCAUGUGGGCGAACUAUCCCUUAUUGUUACAAAAAAAAACAUUCUACAGUAACCCUGCAGAUAAAACAAGACUGUGAAUGACCUAGUUGACUUCAUGCUGGUAAAUAUCAUG